GUCCCUCCCGCCCUCAGCCGCGCGCUGGCCGCCCGCGCGCCGGCCGCCCGUUGCCCUGGCAACCGUCGUGCCGCGUCUUCCUGAGGGAGCUCCUGUCAGCCCACUGAUCCCACCACCCGCUCCCUACUGCCCCGCGGUCUUCGCGUGGGCUCGGAGACUGAGGGACAACAAAAAUGGCGGAGGGGAGCCAGACGGCGCCUGAGGCAGGCAAUGAUAUGGGAAAUGAUGAUGCCAUCGGAGGGAAUGUGAGCAAAUAUAUAGUGCUUCCAACUGGAUAUUGUGGACAGCCCAAGAAAGGACAUCUUCUCUUUGAUGCUUGCUUUGAAAGUGGUAACCUGGGCCGGGUGGACCAGGUCUCUGAGUUUGAGUAUGAUCUGUUCAUUAGGCCGGACACCUGUAAUCCACGAUUCCGAGUCUGGUUCAACUUUACUGUUGAAAAUGUGAAAGAAUCACAGGUGAGGGAAAUAGUGGAUACCUUCAGAGUGGUUUUGAGGGUCAUUUUCAACAUUGUUAACUUCAGUAAAACCAAGAGUCUCUAUAGAGAUGGAAUGGCCCCUAUGGUGAAAUCUACCAGCAGACCAAAAUGGCAAAGGCUGCCACCCAAAAAUGUUUACUACUACCGCUGCCCAGACCAUAGGAAGAACUAUGUGAUGUCCUUUGCCUUUUGUUUUGACCGAGAAGAAGAUAUUUACCAGUUUGCUUACUGCUACCCAUAUACAUACACUCGCUUCCAACAUUACCUUGACAGCCUGCAAAAGAGAAACAUGGAUUACUUCUUUCGGGAGCAGCUGGGCCAGAGUGUGCAACAACGACAGCUUGACCUCCUGACGAUAACCAGCCCUGACAAUCUCCGGGAAGGGGCAGAGCAGAAGGUGGUAUUCAUCACAGGUCGAGUCCACCCAGGGGAAACACCCUCAUCAUUCGUGUGCCAAGGGAUCAUUGACUUCCUCAUAAGCCAGCACCCUAUUGCCCGUGUCCUCCGAGAAUACCUGGUCUUCAAGAUCGCACCAAUGCUCAAUCCUGAUGGAGUCUACCUGGGCAAUUACAGGUGUUCUCUGAUGGGGUUUGAUCUGAAUCGUCACUGGCUGGAUCCCUCUCCAUGGGUCCACCCUACCCUGCAUGGAGUGAAACAACUCAUCAUCCAGAUGUACAACGACCCAUCCUCUUUUCACUCUGUCUCAAUCUCUUUUCAAAGUUGCUCCUUAACACACACACCUGCAGAUAUGAAGCUGGGGCGGAACGUGGCAAGAACCUUUUUGGACUAUUAUCGGCUGAACCCCAUGGUUGAAAAGGUGGCAAUUCCCAUGCCGAGACUACGGAAAGAAAAAUCCCCUCCUUACAAGCACCCACUCCUGCGGGGCCCAGCCAGCAACUACCCCAACGGCAAAGGGGACAAGAAGAGCUCAGUGAACCACAAAGACCCUUCAACCCCUUUUUAAAGACACGGAGUCCUGGGAGGUCUUAUGGGGACAGGAGCGUGCAUUUUCUGCUGGGGAAUGAAAUUAAUCACUCUUUUCUAGCUUCCAAGGAUUUGUGGAUUAAUGCAUAGGCUAGUGAAAGGGAAGGGAUACAAUGAGAAACUUCAUCAUUGAUUUUCCCUUUUUCCAAUGGAAAAUCAAUUGUAAG